GUCUUGUCCGCAGGGGGCGCAGUUUGUUGACAGCAGCUAUAGUCUAUCAGAGCUGUCAGACACACAGGGCGAUGUCACCCCUCAGCUGCUUGGAUAUUUAUAGAAAUAUAUAAUAUCCUGCUUUGAUUAUAAUUAAAACAUCUGGAACAGCACCUGAGACCGACUGAGUCCAGAAGCAUGGCGGCACCGCCUUCUGUCCUGAGAGAGUUCUGCCCGCUCUACUACCUGCUGAACGCUAUCCCAGCCAAGGUGCAGCGGGGGUUCCGGUCCGUGCUGGUCUACCUGACGGCUCUGGACAGCAGCGGAGACUUCCUGGCGGUGGGCAGCAGCACCGGCAUGAUCUACCUGUACUGCCGCCGCCGAGCUCACCUGAACAGGUACAGCCUGGAGGGGAAGAGUGAUGCGAUCACAGCUGUGAAGCUGCUCAGCUGUUUUGAUGAUCUGGUUGCCGUGGGAACAGCGUCAGGUCGAGUUGCAGUCUUCCAGCUUGUUUCUCCACUUCCUGGUCGAAACAAACAGUUGAGGCGUUUGGACGUGGUGGGCCUACAUAAAGGCUCGGUGACAUCGUUGGCGUGGAGCUCCAACGGGACCAAGCUUUUCUCCGGAGACGAUAAAGGACGAGUGGUGUUCUCGUCUCUGGACCUGGACCAGGGAGUGUGUAAGCCUGUGCUGCUGCUGGAGGAAUCCUCUGCUGUGGUCCAGAUGGAGUACCGCCACCAGGUGUUGCUGAUCUCCACGCUGCACAGAUCUCUACUGCUGCUCAGCGGGCGGUUCGGCGCCUGCUUCCUGCCGGCUCUUUGUAAACAGAGCGACCUCCAGGUGUUUGCUGCUCGACCCGGACUCAGACUCUGGAGGUCUGACAUCAGAGGACAGGUGGAGCACACCUGGCUGCUCAAACAGCUCUUCAACACACAGAUUCCUGAGUUUGAGUUGUUCCCCCGUCCCGGUCCGAUCGGAGCGUAUCGUCCCGCAGACAGACAGCUGGGUCUGCUCAGCUGUUUCCUCCGAGACGGCUGGAUCCUCAGCUGGAACGAGUACAGUGUCUACGUCCUGGACUCUCUCAACCAGGUGCUGAUCGGAGCGUUGGAAAGCAGCGGAGACAUUGUGUCAGUGUCAUGUUGUGAUAACGAAAUAUUCAUCCUGAAAGGAGACCGAGACAUCAUCCGUCUCUCCAACAGCCCCGAGGGACUGGCCCCCAACUUGUCGGAGUUCUCCGUCCGUCUGUCCUCGCCGCUGGCCACGCCCACCAUCCUCCCACCAACCGGAUCAGUGGAAACGGCUCAGCCAAUCAGAACCAUGGCUAUCAUCGUGGAGGGAGGGGGCCGGGAGGAGGGGGGGCGGUGGGAGAGGCGGAGCGAGGACGGAGAGAAAGAGACGGAGGAGGAAGGAGUGGAGGAGGCCGAGGAGCAGCUGGAGGUGAUGGAGCAGUCGUCUCGCAGCCGCAGCAGCUCUGUCACUUCCUGGGACAGUCUCCAUAGCAACGUGACUUCCAGUCUCCAUAGCAACGCAACUUCCUGCGAGCUGAGACGCUACAGCGCCCCGCUGAGUCAGGGGGAGGAGACCCAGGACCUGGUGGUGAAGGCCAUCAGGGUAAAGAAGAGAAGGAGGAGACAAGACAGCACCAGUCGUCUCUCUGAGAGCAGCUGCUCUGACUCCAUGUUUGUAGUCCAGGACGGCAGCUGCAGUGAUGGAGGAACUCCUCUGAGUGACAGAGUGUCCCUCGUCAGUCAGGACCUUCAGAACCAGACCCAGGACCAGAACUCUGCAGAACAGACCCAGGACUCAGCGAAGGAAGAGGAGGCAGAGUCUGGGUCAGUAACUCAACAACAGACCUGGCUCUGGUUCUGGAAGGGUUUUCCAUGUUCAGUAUCUCUGUUGCCCCCUCCCCCAGACUCUCUGGCCCUCCAGGUUCUGCAGACCCAGCAUGACCCAGACUCGGCCUCUGGUUCCGGGGCCGAGGCGGAGGCCGUCCCCCCGACUCCAGAUGUGGACCUGCUGCUGGAGUGCAGCUUCUCCUACCUGCACAACGCAGAGGAGCCGAUGGAGCAGCCAAUGGAGCAGCAGGAGGAGUUCCUGAGCCCUCUGAUUGGACCAGAGGAGGAGACCGGUGAUCUGCUGCCCCCUGCUGGGCUGGCGGACCAGAUGUUUCCCUCCGCUGUGUCCGGUCUGGACAGGAAACAGAGCGAAUCCAGUGAUGAGGACGGAGACAUCUACGCUCACACUCUGCCCCCUGCUAGCAGCACCGGGGAACACCUGCACUCUCCGUCCAAUCACACGCCAGACACACAGACGGAACAGGAUGUUCAGGGGAAACACACACCUGACCAGCUGUCAGAAAGCUGGAUGGGAUUCUCAGGACCAGGAUGUGGAAUACUGAGCCUACAGGUGACCGACAGACAUGUGUGGUGUCUGGACUUUAAAGGAGGACUGUUCUGCAGCGCUCUGCCUGAAACGGGACUCAACUGGCAACGCUUUGAAGACAACGUCCACCAGGUGGCCCUGUCCCCCUCAGGUAAUCUGCUGUGGAAGGUGGAGCAGAAGAGCAUGACAGCGUUUGCGUGUGCGAAGGUUUCGGGGAAGGGGAAGCGGCACUGGUACAAAGCUGUGGAGCAGACGGCCUUCGUGGCGCUGAGCGACGACUCUGCCUGGAUCAUCCUCACCAACGGAGACCUCUACCUGCAGACAGGUCUGAGCGUGGAGCGUCCCUGUGCUCGCUCGGUGAAGGUGGACUCUCCGUGUGUCUUCAGCCAGGUGUGUGUCAGCGGAGGCGUGGUCUGGGCUCUGAGCGAACACAAGGCUCUGUUCUACCGAGAGGGACUCAACAGCUUCUGCAGAGAGGGAGAGGGCUGGAAGUACGACACCGUCAGCGAGGCUCAGGGUCUGGACUUGAUGUGUGUUGGCCUGACAGAAGGAGGAACCGGCUGGGCGCUGGAUGCCAGCGGCAGCCUCUGGUUCAGAACUGGCGUCUGCCCGUCUAGACCUCAGGGGGACGACGACCACUGGUGGCAGAUCAGUAUUUCGGACUACGUGGUCUUCGAUCAGGGCAGUCUAUUCCAGACGCUGCUGCAGGCUACACAGAGCGUUGCCACGGUAACCAGGGCGCCGGUGGAGCGCGUAGUGGCCUUCCUGUCGCAGCACUCGCAGUGUCAGCCGAGCCUGGUCAGCGCCAACAGCAGCGGAGUCUGGGUCGCCUCGGGACGGAACCAGCUGCACCUGGCCCGCGGCAGUCUCAUCGGAACUUUCUGGCAGAACGUGGUUCCAAGAGGAACCGUCUCCGCUACGAGGUGGACCUCCAUCGCGUCUUCAGCUGUGCCGCACAGAGAAGGUACGUUCCUGUGGUUGGCUCAGAGCAGGAAGGAUCUGUUCUGUGUCUGGGAUCAGGAUGGAGAGCUCCGCCCCUCCUCCGUCCCUCUCCCAGUGGAGAUGGAGCUGACCCAGCUGUCUGCCUGUCGGGAUGCUCUGUGGGGUUUAGACACUCAUGGCCGAGUCAGCAUCCGGACGCUGUCUCCGUCCUGUCCCUUCGGACUCCACUGGACCCCCCUGGACCUCAGCCAGCUCGGAAGUGUGCGUCUGGUCAGUGUGAGCUGUGGCAGUCAGAACGUCUGGGCUGUGGAUGGUCGAGGAGUCGUUUACUUCAGAGUCGGAACCCAACCUCUGAACCCGAGCAUGAUGCUGCCGGCCUGGAUCCACAUCGAACCUCCUGAACAGCCAAUGGGAGUGCAGCUGGUUAGCAUUCAGACGAGUCCUAACGACCGUCUCCUCUGGGCAUUGGACAACCGAGGAAGUGUCUUCGUCCGGACCGGACUCAGCGAUGAGAUGCCUGUAGGGACAGACUGGGAGCUGGUUCCAGGGUUAGCCGUGAGUCAGCUGGUCCUCAGCUCCCGGACGGUUUGGGUGCGGUGUGCAAACGGAGAAGUGGCUCGACGUUACGGCGUCUCUGACAGAAACCCUGCAGGAGAUUACUGGAAGAAGAUCCCUGGAAACACCAACUGGUUAACAGUGACUCCGGAGGACGAGCUGUGGGCGGUGACUCCGAUUGGUGGGUUGUCCCGUCGCCUGACGAAGCUCCUCCCACAGACUCCCUGUAGGCCCGCCCCCUCUGGCCCCACCCUCAGCAUGGACGACGGCGACGACGAAUGGGAGCUCAUCUGACCCUGACCUCUGCUGGGGAGGCAGUGAUGUCACAGUGACACCACUUCCUGUUUACUAACUUACUCCUGAAGCAGGAAGUGCAGGCCGGUGACAUGACUUCAAAGAGAACCCAGGUGGCUUCUGGGAAAUUAAGUGAACUGAUACUUUGUUUUAUUUUUGUCAAACAGGAAGCACUUUACUCUGAAGGGACAGAGGGACCGACUGGUUCUGAACCAGGACAGUAAAGGGACAUUUCACAUUUACUCGUAUUUAUUUAUUUCAUUCUACUUUGGAGUGGUUGGGAGUGGUACCAACUGGUUCUGACUGGUUCUGACUGGUUAGGGUUAGGCUUACCUUACCUAGUUCAGUCUGGUUCUUAACAAGGACUUUAAAGAGACAUUUCACAGUUUAGUUUUUUAUCAGAGACAGUUAGCUUCCAGCUAAAUAUUAAACAUUUCAAAGUUCAUUUUCUUAUUUUCUAUUCCUAUGAUUUCUAUUCUGUGCUUUUCUGUUUCUUUCCUUUUCUGUUUUUCUUCUUCAGUUUUAAUUCUCUGACUUUGAGUUAAAUUAAGGUCCUAAUCUGUUGAAGAGAAACUGUUGAGUUGUGAUUUUGUUUCUUAUUUUCCACUCAGCAGAGAUCACACUGGUUUAAACUGGCUUGAACUGGUUUAAACUAGUUUAAACUGGCUUAAAUUGGGUUAAUCUGGGUGCGACCUUUAGCUCACCCAGUGAGAGCGCUCGCCCCGUGUUGGCUGAGUCCUGCAGCAGCGCAAGGGUUCGAAUCCGACCGGCUGCCCUUUGCUGCGUGUCAGCCCCCA